ACGAUCUAGGGACUUUUUACGUAUCGUUACGCGGUGGGUGGAUAUGCGCGAGCAGAAGUCACGCUGUUUCUACUUGGUACAGGCGUGCGUAGCCAUACGUUAACUGUACGCUUGCGGUGGACAAAACAGGGGGCUUCAAAAUUGAAUUCCUAAGAAUAAACUACGUUCGUUUUUCCGUUCGUCGGUCUUCAAUUGUUUUCUCGUAUGGAUUCGUCGGUUGAAGCGGAUAGCGGCAUGGGUAGUAUCGACGCACAUUCUACCGAAGUGAAAUCACUUCUUCCGGACGACGAGGACGACGAAGAGGACGAAAGUUUGGCAGAAAGGUUAUUCGGUCUCACAGAAAUGUUUCCCGAAGAAGUUCGGAAUUUGGGAUAUAACGUUGGUACUUGUUUGUGCAAUUGUGUAAAAGGAUUAUACGCAUUUUCAUGUUCAGCAGCAUGGUUAUUCUUCAGCUCGUCUGUUAUUUUAUUCGCGCCUGUAUUGUACGAAAUAGAAAGAGUGCAAAUGGAAGAAGCGCAACGUGCCCAGCAGAAACAGGUUCUGUUAGGACCUAGUAAAGCCAUGUCGAACGUGAAUGCUUCUAGUCUUCCAAUGGCACCACCGGUUCAACGAUAAUAGCAGCAGCAAUACGUUACAUUCAAAUCACCAUAAGUUGGCCAUUCUGUUCAUUAGUAUAAUAACUCUCAUCUUUAUAUAAAAACGAUACAUAGAAGAAUUCACCAAAGAUUUUACCGUCGUGUAUUUGUUACGAAAUGCUGAUAAAUUUGUAAGUUGAGCACCUUCGCAUCGUUAUGUCCUUUGUCCGUGGGGUAUCGAAUGUUGUUGUAAUAUAAAAAAUUAAAUAAACGAUAGUCU